UCACCAAAUACUGUGAGGCAAAAGUAAUUUUUGUUCUUGGAACGCUCCUCCUUGUUGGUCUCUCUUGACCAAACAUUCAAUCUCCCCAAUUAUCCUUCCAUCGCUUUGGAAUAAAACAUCGAACGUCGCGCAGCCACGUACAUGCAGCAUUUACUGAUUUAGGAGUAAUUUGGAUGUAGUCCCAGAAAUGCGCUGGUGGAAGUGGCCUUGAUAAAAGCGUGAGAGCAAGCACAGAAGCGUAAUUUCAUGCUGAAUUCCCUGAAUUAAGCACAUCAAUGUGGACAGGAACAGAAGGAGUGCUGUACUACAACAUUUCACUUCAAGCACAAAUUGACUUUUUUUUUACAUACUGGAAUUAAUUUGUUUUCACACUCCACAAUAGACUUGAGAUAUGUUUGGACUUCUUGAGUUUUUUAGUUAGGUAGGAUGAAAUGGACUGUUUGAAAAGCAGAAAAACUGAAAUUUUUUAAAGCCAUGAGAAAGACUUGUGCAUGUGUCUCUGAACCAGAAAUGCUUUGAACUCAGCAGUUCUCCUACUGUGAACCUGAGUGCGUUCGUUAAACUCGUUGGACUGCGAAAGCUAACCGAACUGUCUGUGGGGAUCUGGGAUAUGCUGCUUGGCUGAAGAAGCACAGAGUAGGUGAUCUGAGUGGGUUCGUGGCCUGAAGGUGUGCGGGUUCAGACGUCAGGAUGGGGUGUAACAUGUGUGUGGUGCAGAAGCCCGAGGAGCAGUGCAGGGUCAUGUUCCAGGUGAACAGUAGAGACCUGACUCAGCUCUCUCAGGAGCAGAGCCUGCAUGCGCUGCGCUGCAGGAGGAACAUGAGGUGGGGUCCGAGGAGGAAAGCAGGUGUGCCUGGAGCUGUUGGAGGGACGAUGGUAAUGACUGACUGUGUGGACAGCGGGACGCAGACAGAUAUUAGCUUCCAGCACAUGGUGACAUUAGGCAGACCCGUCCAUCACAACAGACCAGCGUCACCUCCUUCCCCUCUACUGCCGCCCAUGCCAGAGCCCUACCUCUUCAGCCAGCUCCCUGCUAUUGACCAUGUGUACUACGACCCAAUGGACUACUUUGACAUUAGUCAACAUGAGGUGGACAGACAAGAUGACUUGGAGUAUGAGGAGGUGGAACUGUAUAAAUCUUGUCAGCAAGAUAAACUGGGUUUAACGGUGUGUUAUCGCACUGAUGAUGAAGAGGAUCUGGGUAUCUACGUGGGUGAGGUCAACCCUAAUAGCAUUGCUGCUAAAGAUGGCCGAAUCCGUGAGGGAGACAGAAUACUGCAGAUAAAUGGGAUGGAUGUCCAGAACAGAGAGGAAGCUGUGGCCAUCCUGACCAGAGAGGACAGCACCAACAUCUCUCUGCUACUGGCACGACCAGAUAUUGAGAAUGAGGCUGAUGAUCUGGAUUUGGAGUUGGCCGAGGGCCUGGAUCUAGAGGACUUGGAAAAUGUCUCGAACUCACCCAGUCCUCAGCACCGAAGGAAAACCAGCUCUGUGCUGAGUGACAUCAAUGGGAUCCGAGCUGCUCGGCCCAACUUAUGGCACACUGCGCUCAAUAACAGCCAGGAGCUGGACAGCGGGGUGGGUCGCACCGAUGAAAGUACACGGUGCGAGGAGUCCUCCGAGCUGGCUGACGAUGCCACCAGCGCAUGCACGACCAAUGCCACCAAUACACCCGGCAGUUUGCGCAAGUUUCGCGCUGCUCAGCAUGGAUGGGAAUUUCACUACAGCAACGACUCACUGCUGGGGCCAGAUGCAGUGGGAGUGGUGGAUCUGCCAGGGUCAAUGAUACCAGGGUUAACUGAAGAGGAAUAUGAACGCUACCGAGAGCUACUGGAGAUCCGCUGCCUUUACGAGAAGAACAGAAAUGCACUUUUUCUUUUGGAUGGAAGGAACCAUGGUGGAGGAGUUGGGGAUUUUGCAGGAGCAGGUGUUCCUGUAGACAUGAAUUGUAACGAGAGCCUGAUGCAGCACGAAAUUGCUCUUCUCGAUGAGGAAAUACGUCACCUGGAGUUUAAGUGGCGCAAUGUUUUGCGGGCUCAAAAGAUGCAGCAGUUGCGCCAACGCUGCCUAAAGGUCUGGCCAGCUGAUGAAGAGGACGAUGAAGAAAAAGGAGCAAAGGCAAGGUGUGGAGGUGCAGAGGCGAUCCACCAUGACCUGUCGGAUAUCAACGAGAUCCCAGAAAGGGAACGCUCUGAUAAAGAGAGCACAAGUGCUUAUAAUACCGGUGGGGAAAGUUGCAGAAGCACGCCUUUGGCAAGUGAGCGAUACCCUUCACUGUCUGCGGCCGGAGAUUCCAGUGCCUCUGCAACCAUGCGACCUCGGACGCCCCAUCACAGAACAAGCACAAGUAGGGAUACGAAUCUAAAUGUACCAUCGGAUGCCAAGAAAAAGAGUGAAGAAACAGUGGACAACAAAAGCUCUACUCCAGCAAGGCUUCGGUCGUUAUCCCGGAAUGGCGGGAGUAGUAGAAAGGGCUUGGAUGGAGCACGAAGGGGGUCCCAUGCAAAUGGGACUCUCACUACCGGGAUCGCGAAAGGGGGAAGGAGUGCAGAAAACAGUCCGUACUUGUCCCGUCGCCGCUGCAGUACCACGCUGCCUCAACGCUACCAGAGUUGCAUGCAGUUGAAGGACUUGUCUACAAACAACAGUCCAGAAGUUAGGGACGCCAAUAAAGAGGUUCCUUCUCACUCCAAUACCUUAACUUGUGCAAACAGAGACUCCACAGCUGCUCCUGCAACUUCUUUGAUUAUACCUCCUCCACUGCCUCCAUCUUCACCUCGAAUGGAGUGGAAGGUAAAGAUCCGCAGCGAUGGCUCGCGUUAUGUCGCCAAACGUCCGGUAAGAGAUCGUUUGCUAAAGGCUCGGGCCAUGAAGAUUCGAGAGGAGCGCAGUGGGAUGACCACGGACGAUGAUGCGGUCGGUGAAAUGAAGAUGGGACGCUAUUGGAGCAAGGAGGAACGUAAGCAGCAGCUGCUGAGAGCUCGCGAGCAACGGCGACGCCGUGAGUUCAUGAUGCAGAGCCGACUGGACUUCUUGCGGGAGAAAGAGAAGGAACAAGACUCCGGACCUCAAGGACAGGCUUCCAUACUUGAGCUGAGCCAGAAAAAGAGUAUGAAGAAACGCAGUCGACGCAUCCUGGACAACUGGAUCACCAUUCAGGAGCUGCUGGCACAUGGGACCCGCUCUGUAGAUGGGAAGAAAGUGUUCAACCCUUUGCUGUCCGUGACCACUGUUUAAUAAUUGGUGUGAAAUGAGACCUUUUAACAAGAAAAAAGUAAAGAUAUUUGGAUUACAGAGUUUACCGAUUAUUUGCGACUGUCUGACAAAGAUGCCUUGCAGUUUAAUCCAGAAAUGUUGAUGAUGAAUAUAAAUGUACAAGACAGAAAGGCUAAUGGCAAAUGAAUGUAAAUUUUUCGUAAUUAACAUGAACUCUGGGAGCAUCUUUCUGUUCCUAUACAUUGCUUUGAUGCUUGAUAUUUCAGAGUCACUCUCAGACUGUUACAAUGCAGUGGUGGUCUUGAGCAUUUCCAAACCUGAUUAAAACAUUAAUUUCUUUCAUAAAAACUUUUCAGUCUGAGAACAUUUCAUGAUAAGAGAAAAAAGUUUAGGGGCCUAUUGCUUGAACUGACUAGUAGUCAUCUCUCUUUUUUCAAGACUAGUCGUAACUUUUUAACUUCAUAACUGAAGUUAAGAAGCAUAUUAACAUAUCGGCAGUGUUUAUGCAACUGGCCCCAGAAG